CUCGUUCGCCAACCAGGAGCGAGUUUAUAAGGAGGGUGGAGCGAAACGUGCUGUCAGGGUAUCUCUCUUGAUUUUGAACUCUUCUCCGAGUUUUCUUUUUUUUCCGGGUGCUGCUAUGGGGGGUAGCGGGAGCACCCAUGGCAGCAGGAAGGUCUCCUUCGAGCUGGAUGAGCACGAGCAAGUUCGGGUGUUGCAGGGCAUCAGGCUUUCUGAAGAUGUAGUAAAUAGAAUGAAGGAAAAAAGUCAACCUAAACAAGACCAGCGAUCUCAAGAGAAAUCUAAAGUGUCCACAGGGAUCUGUCCACCUACUACAGAAAGUUUGGGUCAAAAGCCUUCUGAAGUAAAGAAGGAUCUGUAUAAGAGGUAUGAACAGGAGCAAGCAAUGGUCCAAGAAGAGCUACUUCGAUUGGCAAAAAGGGAAGAGGCAGUCAGCCAGAGUCUGAAUGCUGCUCUCCAACAGGAGAGAAUUAGUGACCAAGAGGGGAAGCAGAAAACAUCCCAUUUGGCAAAGGAACUGCAGUGGAAAGACGAAGAGCUGAAGCGGAGAGACACCUUCUAUAAGGAACAAUUGGCCAAGAUUGAAAAGAAG